AUGGACGGGCGAGUGACUGUAGAUUACGGGCGAGUGACUGUAGAUUACGGGCGAGUGACUGUAGAUCUUGUCAGGAACUUCGCGGAGGAAGUCCUCGAGAAGUGCGCGAGCGAAUUACUCGAGAAGCACGCGAGCGGCUUACUCGGGGAGUACGCGAGCGGAUUACUCAAGAAGUGCGCGAAGGAAGUCCUCGAGAAGUACGCGAAGAGUACUCGGGAGCUGCGCGAAGAGUACUCGAGGACGGAAUACGAGAAGGACGCGAGCGGCUUACUCGAGAAGUGCGCGAAGCAAGUCCUCGAAAACUACGCGAGCGGGAUCGUCGAUCACAGGAUUGGUGCGAAAUUCGAGCGCCGACUUGCGAAGGCCGGUGCAGAGGGUCGAUUGGAUGAGCGCGCGGAGGGCCGAUUGAACGAGCGCGCGGAGGGCCGAUUGAACGAGCGCGCGGAGGGUCGAUUGGGCGGGCGCGCGGAGUAG